ACCGUCGCGAGCAUGGCAACGGACGGACGUACCAAGCGCUCGCAGUCGAUCUGCGCGCCCGCCUCCGCUAGUAUGGAGGCGUUGGCGGGGGUCGGGGGGGAGGGCACGCCGGCGCCGCGUCGCCGCCCCGCCGCGCGCUCGCAGUCGGCGCGGCUGACGGGCGGCCGCGCGGGCCGGCAGCGUCGCCAACAGCAGGCGGCGGCUCUGGAGCGCGAGAGCCGCGCGCGUUACAGCUCGGAGCCGCGCCUGGCGGACAGCGACACGCCGCCGCCACUCCGUCGCCAGGGCUCCGCGCGGCGCCGCCCGCCCGCCGCAGCCGCCGCCGCACCGCGCCGCUCCGCCGCAUUCCUGGACGUGCCGCCCGACGACGACUCAUACCGCCUGCGUACGUUCAACACCACACACAAGGGAGGUAUCGUGAACCGCGGAGACUCAUUCCGGAGGCGGCGCUCCCGCUCCGGCAGCCUGGUGGGGACGGGCGCAGGCACGCCGCCACCGGCCACAACCGCGCCCGCCGCGUGCCACCGCGUGGCCAUGGUGGGGGCUCCUGGCGUGGGCAAGACGGCGCUCAUCAGCCAGUUCCAGACCAGCGAGUGUAUCAACGCGUACGACAGGAAAGAUUCUGACACCACAGAAGAAAAGGUAUCAAUACUGCUGAAUGGAGAAGAGUCGGAGCUAUACUUUGUGAACUGCACCAGUACUAAGGAGGAAAUUGAGCGGUUCGAGCCUCCGGAUGCCUUCGUGGUGAUAUACUCCGUGGUGGAUAAGGCAUCCUUCCAGAAGGCUGAGCAGGAGCUUGCGCGCCUGCUGGACAGUGACAUGCUGCGCUCCCGGCCCGCACUGCUGGUGGCGAACAAGAUAGACCUGGCCAGGAGCAGAGCCGUCUCCACACAAGAUGGCAAGUGCCUCGCGUGCACAUACAAAGCGAAAUUCAUCGAAGUAUCUGUCGGCAUCAACCACAACGUGGACGAACUCCUGGUGGGCAUCCUGAACCAAAUACGAUUAAAAAAACAACAAUACUCUAUGGAGGGCGGGCGGGAGACAUCCCCCGCGCACUGGUACAGAUCCAGGGGCGUGGUGCGGGCUAGCAUGAAGGCCAGGCAGAUGCUCACGUGGAUAUUCGGGAAAGAAGAUUCUAAAUUCAAAAACUGUGAAAAUCUAAACGUCCUGUGAGUGGAAAGUGACGGCCCCGUUUUUGUAUAGACUGUGGAACGCGGGCUGCCCGGUACACAUACGGUGUUAUUAUAUGUAGAUAAAAUAAUGGUUUAUUGUAAAAUGUGUUCAUUUAUCAAACUAUACGCCACAUCACAUACUCGAAAUAAGUCAAAUGAAGCUCAUUGCAGCUCAAUAGUGCAAUAUAAUCAUAAGGAACGUGUCCUCAAUGUUAAAUCUAGCGUUCCAGUUGCUUCAACUAAUCUGUUUAUGCAACCGUUUUAUUAUUGUGUUACAUUUAACAACAAUACAAUAAAAUAAACUAGUUAUGUUACUUAUAAGCGUCCUAAGCAGGGGUGGGACACACGCCUUAAAGUGACGUUUUCAGAAGGCGGCUAGUUCUAGCGUUUGCGCAUGUAUGUACACAGAACACUUUUACUCUAACGAGUAGCUCUCGUUUUCCAUUUUGCACAUGCACUACUAAAUCUAACCUUUAUGUUCUAUGUUGUGACAAAAUUAAAUAACUAACUCUACGCGCAAUUUCAACAUGGUAAAAAAUCGCAAUACCUACAUUAAAAAGUAGAGUUAGUUAUUAAUUUGCGUCACAACAUUAAAAAUUAAUUUUAUAAUUUGGAGCUUAUAAUAGUUAUUUUCGGGGCCAAUAUCCAGAUGGCGCUAGUUUUCAAAUAGACAGCUCAUAAUGUGUAGAGAGGGCUCUCUUUUUCCCUAUUUAUUAUUAUAAUCUUUGUUCCUAAGACAUUUCAUAAAUCGCAGUUCGUUUGUAACACGAAUGUUAUUCUGUCAGUCACACGUCACACGUCAGACGUCACAUGUCAGUCAACCACGUUCUGUUAUACUUGGAUCAUUGGUAAUGUUGUAAAUAUUUUGAAGCAGCAUGGAAUUUCUUCAACAAACGUUAUAUGUUGGAGAAACUAAAUUAAAUCACAGCGAUUAUUAUCCAAGUGGCGUUUUAGUUGGAAUAAAACCAAAGAUUAAUAUUACCAAAGUGGCGUUAUAGUUGGUAUAAUACCAAAGAAUACUUAUGUACUUAUAAUUACAAAAUUUGUGCCAAAGUAAAUGAAUUUAUAAUAUUUUAUUACUUAGAUUUGAUAAUGUUAAAUUAACAGAUGUAGGUAUAUCUGUUGCAUGUAUUGUGUUGUGCAGGUCAUGAUCAAAAUAGCACUAGAAUAAGAUCUACUUGUAUUCGAUGGACCACGUUAUGUAUGAAUUAACUAUCUCGUAAGGUAUACAUAUUAUCUUAUAGAAUAUCAUCUGAAUUACUAAUACUAGGCAAAAUAUUAUAUAUAUAUAUCGAUCAAUCAAAAUAACAUUUGUUCAGUGAGUCAAAUAAUGACGUUACCAAUUACUAGAAAAUUGGCUAAUAUGCCUAUAAACAUAUAUAUCAUUAUCAGGAAUAUAUUAUCAACCACCUCUUAGAAAUUAUAGUAACUAUGAUGUAGAUACCCAUAAUGAUGAUAAGUCAUAAGUACUUUAUUAAUUUUUGUGUAAUAGCCUAACCACAUGGUCGUACGGCCAGACCAUCGGAUAAUCCGGUGGGCGCUUCGCAUCAAUUGGUCCAGCGUCGUACUCGGUAGGUACGGUCUGGAUGGUAACAAUAAUAAUUUUUUGCGAUGGCAAUAGCGACAAACUAUCGAAUAUAGCAUCGAAGCUGUAAUGUGUAAACAUUAUUGUGUUACGGUCAGAAGGGCGCCGUAGCUAGUGAAAUAACUGUACAAACGAGACUUAACAUAUUCGAAUCGUGGCACUACAAUUAUUUCGAUCGACACGAGCGCAAUAAUUGCAGUGCCACUCAGAAUUUUUGGAUUUUACAAAAAUCCUGAACGGCACUGUAUGUAAAUUUAAUGGGCAGGGUGCAAUUACCAUCAGUUGGAUGCUCUGCUCGUCUUGUCCCUUAUUAUCAUUAAAAAAAUACUUCAGAUGGUUCGGCCGGACCAAAUCCGAUCAUGUGUUUGGGCUAUAAGAUAUUCCCCGCGCCAAACUUCUAGUUCUGAAGUUGCCCCGCGCACCUGUUUGCUCAGAUACAUUCCGCACUUGCCCCUCCGAGACCGAGAUAGGUAUGUUUCGUUACUGCGCAACUUUUCGCAGCAAAGUCGGAGCGAAGUGCGAACUAAAUGUUUGGCGCGCGGAAUACCAACGUACUCGUGUCCGCACUGCGUCUGCACGUUUGGAUUUGAUAUUCUAAGUAUUCCUAAUUAUAAUAGUUAUACAAACUUACCUAAUAUCAUUUAUUUAUAGUUGUUUUUGUACUUGUAAACUUAUAUUUAAAUUGUAAGUGGAAAUCACAAAUAUUAUGUAGUGCCUUUUAUACUUAUCAAUGUCUAAAUAUACCUAAGAAACUUUUGCUAGAUUUUAAUGAAAACUGACUCUAACAGUUCAGCAAUUAGAUACAAAUAACAAACCCGUUACGAUUAUCAAAGUAUUAACUUACGUUGCAAAAUGUAUCUAAAUACUACACAGUCCGUUCACAGUUAUUUUGCCUUUCGCUGUAAAGUUCGCUAAUUUUAGAGCUGUAUUGUCAUUUCAAAUUGAGUAGGUACUCCAAAGAGUGGAAGAUUGUUUAGUUUUGGCUAAGUACUCGAAGUACUUGCAUUUCUCCAUUCAAUAAAAUUACUAUAGGCUUUCAUAUAUUUCUCCCGGGAUUUUGCAGGUAAUAGAUUAUUUUCUUGCGUCGCUUCUAAUACUUUCAGGGGUUAAUUCUAUACUUUCAUUGUCACUUGAAGAACUCAUUUUCCGAAACAAAAACAUGAAUUUCUAACAAUCCGUGAAAAUUUACGAAAAGGCGGGCUGCAGUUCGCGCGUUUUUAAUUUGAUUCGAUUUCUUUGGCGCUAAACACUAAGAUGUUCCAAAUUCAAGAAGUGCGCGGCAAAGAAUUAUCUUUUUAGCGGCGCACCUUUAAAGAGUAUUUAAGACUUAUUACUGCCCGCUAAAAGUUUUAUCAAGAAAACAACACCUUUGGGUGCACUUAAAGGCGGACCAAGUCAUCCUUUUCGAAUAGAUGUGAUGAAAAAUAUAUUGUCACAGCGCAGUUACUCUUAAUUAUUGUAUAAGUUUAAUACUUCGAUUAUACUAUACAUGUCUAGGUGGAAACAGCGUCUGGCACCAACUGUUGGUGCCAGACUCCCAGUUGCGCGAUUAAAGUGUGCCCAAGACUAUAGGGAUGAAAAAUAAUGGAACAGUAAUCUAACACCGGUAAGUAUCCAUUAUUUCUAUUAUAUCCUAAGAAAUAAUCACUUUAAUUAUUAUUUUUGACGAUUCUCUACAGCCAUUUUUUCAGUGUUGCAAUUCAAUCAAAUUCAAAACUCCCCAAAUCAGUACUAGAAAAUAGGACGAUUGUUAUUGUAAGAUGGUAUAUAUUAUAUUUAUUAGAUAUAUUUUUGGAACGAAGUUCCUUAUAGGGCGUUGCGUAGGGGUACCUUCGCCGGCAAAAAACGUCCGUAACGUUAAAAAAAGCGUAAUAUUUUUAUGAAUAGCCUAUGUAUGAUGUUUGCUAUACAGUGUCUAAAGUUUAGUGUACGUGAUGACUGUUGAUGAUUUAAUGUUUUUUUAACAACCUUUUUUUGAAAGUUUUUCUUGGAAAUAUAUUUUUUUAAAUACUUUUUUUUUAAUUUUGCUGUUUUUAAAACCUUGAAACUUAUACCCAUAUUGCUUUUAUUAAAAAAGUAACAUCCGCCAUCUUGUUUCUUGAAAUAGAUGUCAUAUUCGUAGCUGACGUUCCCGGAAACCUCGAAAAUUAUACCCAUGUUGUAUUUAUUGAAAAAGUCACAUCCGCCAUCAUGGAUCUCAAAAUAGAUGUCAUAUUCGGAAUCGAUAAUAUGUAUGGUAUCAUUACACGCACACAAAGAUACGUGUACAGAUACAAGUGCUUGUGUGCGCUUGUAUCUGUCUCACGUCUAUGGAAAUUGAGCUGUCUGUGACACAUCGAUUUAUGACGAAGCUCAAUCUAGACAAGAUAGUAAUGCCAUCCUCACGGUAAGUUAAAAUGUACAAAUUUUAGAGACAAAACAACUGUGAGCGAAUUGUAAAUUGAAACUUGUGGACGGAACGGUUUCUGUAGAUGUUCGUUCUGGAUAGUUACAGAUUUAUAACAAGUUGAACUUUACAAAAAGCCUGUUAAAAGGAACGGACAUGAUACUCAGUAACACCACAAAUUUAAAAAAUUAGUACUUUUAUCAAUAAAAGUGUAGCAAGGGAGGUAGCGAGGAGUAACGCGGGUUUAUCAAUAAAAUUGCGAGUUCUAUAAUUUGUCAAUGAUUUGCUAUUUUCGUGGGAUAACUUAUCGAAAUUUUUUUUUGUUCAGAAAUGUGUUCCGUGAUGGAAACUUUUUUUGUUAUUUUAAAGAAACAUACACCGACAAUAUUUAAUAUUAUACUAACUAGAAGACUAGCGAUACUAGACGAAAAAAAAAACAAAAGUUAAGUUGAAAACCCUCCCAAAACGUUCACCUACAAAGCCAACGAAACGUCAGGUUGAAUAAUUAGUGAUAACACUAUAACUUAUACGUAAACAAACAAUGUUAAAAUUCAGUUGAAAUUUCCGGCGAAUCAAUACUUUAAGACAGUUUUAUAUUUAAAUAAUAACGUGUUAAACUCUUUUUUUAAAAAGUUCUAUAACAAACCCAUGUCCCUCGCCGCCGUCUCUUAGCACUAUGUCGCCUACAUAUCGCGAAUAUGUACUAUUUAUAGAUGUUUUCUUUGAUGAAGGAGUACAUUUACACUGAGGCACAACCCCACCCUAUGACCACGUUUUACUAGUUAUACUGUAUUAUUAUAGUAUAUGUAUACCUACUUUUAUACCUAGUAAUAAGACAAUGUCAGUAUCAAUUUAUAAUUAACACAAGUGAACAUAUUACAUUGACUGUAAGUACUUUUAAGUAGGUAGUGAUAUUGUAAAUAAUUUGAUUGACAAUAAACUUGUUUACUGUAA